UCCAUCAUUGGUUUUUCAGUUUCAGUUUCAGUUUCGAUAAUGGCAGCAACUGUAAGUACAGUUGCACUACCUGUUUCUUCGUCAAUUACUGAAAGAUUAAAAGAUGUUUCUUGUUUAUCUUCAGUUUCUUUCUCCUUUUCUUCUGUCUGUAUGAAUUUUCCUUCCUCUUUGUCCUAUUCUGCGACUCAAAAGAUAAAUCAUCGCCACAACAAUGGUUUUGCUGUGGUAGCUUGCCUUCCUUCUUCUUCUUCGUCAACUUCUUCAAUUAGGAGCAGUACUACAACAAAUUCUACCAAGCUGUACAUUAGUGGGCUUUCAUUUCGCACAACUGAAGAGAGCUUGAGAAAUGCUUUCCAAAAUUUUGGCGAACUUGUUGAAGUGAACCUUGUAAUGGACAAAGUUGCAAACAGGCCCAGGGGCUUUGCUUUCCUCCGUUAUUCAGCAGAAGAAGAAUCGAAGAAAGCUAUUGAAGGCAUGCAUGGCAAGUUCCUAGAUGGAAGGGUCAUAUUUGUGGAGAUAGCAAAGCCAAGGUCGGAGCUCCGCCAAAGCGUGAAGCAAAAUCCUAGACAGUAUUAACAAGAAAGAUAAUGUAAGUUUCGGAGUUGUCCACAUUAUUCAUGUGUUAGAUUUAUGCUGAUAAUUUAUAGGCUUCUAAUUUAUAUUUUGUGGUUUAUACCAAAGGUGUUCUGAUCUAUGUACCUCUUGAAAUUGAUACUUGGCAGUCAAUAUAUGUGCUUCUCAGUUUCAGAUUUGCAGUACUAUUUAUGAAUACAAAUAUCACAAAGGAAGCAAUUA